AUGUUUAGCAGCUGCCUGGUUAACCCAGGAGGCUCCGGGUGGAACCUGGGCUUUUAUUUUGUUAUUUUAUGGUGGCCUCCAGGUUCUUCCUUCCUGUUUGUGAACACAUCGGGUCGCUACAGUGGCCAGCGCGCCCAGCUGCUGCUGCCGCCGCUCCGUGAGAACGACACGCACUGCCUCAGCUUCCAGUUCUACCAGGCGGGGGGCCGCGAGGGGGCCGCGCCCGCCACACUCAACGUCUACGUCACAGAGAACAACAGCCCUCUGGGAGUUCCUGUCAUUAACUCUUCUGGCCCCGCCUACCACAUCUGGAAAGGGGUGGAGCUUGCUGUAUCCACUUUCUGGCCAAAUCACUACCAGGUUCUGUUUGAGGCCGUCAGCACCGGGCAGAGAGGAGUCCUGGCCAUCAGAGACAUCACUCUGCAGGGACACCAGUGUAUGAGCACACCCCACCCGCUGCACCUUAAGGCAGUGGAGGUGAACGCCGGCCAGACGGCCUCCUUCCAAUGCACGGUGAACGGCCAGCCGCAGCGCCACCUGCUGCUCUACCUGCAGGGCAUGGGGGGUCUGCAGGCCGUUGCCAAGGAGACCAGGCCGUUGAACUCCCGGCGUUACGUGGCAAGCUUCGACAUCAAGAACACAACCAAAGGCAACUCGGGACGCUACCGCUGCAUCGUCCAAUCAGAUCGAGGCGUGGGCGUGUCCUCCUACACUGACCUCACAGUCAAACAACCACCGGUACCAAUUGCCCCACCUCAGCUCACUGCGGUCGGCGCCACCUACCUCUGGAUCCAACUCAACGCCAACUCAAUCAAUGGAGACGGACCCAUCAUCGACAGAGAGGUGGAGUACCGUACAACGGCGGGCAUGCUGAUCGACACCACAACUGUCGACAAGCCCACCCACAAGAUUGGACACCUGGACCCAGACACAGAGUACGAGAUCAGCGUUCUGCUGACCAGGCCCCUGGAAGGAGGGACGGGAAACCCCGGGCCACCGCUCAGAGCCAGGACCAAGUGUGCAGAUCCGAUGCACGGCCCGCGGCGCCUCCUGGUGGCAGAUGUUCAGUCCAAACAGGUGACGGUCCGAUGGCAGCCGUUCGGAUACAACGUGACGCGCUGCCACCGCUACAAUUUGACGGUGCAGUACCGCUACCGGCCUGCAGGAGCCAUCAGGGAGGUGAAGGAGCAGGUGGGGGAGGAGGUGGUGUCAGACACUAUGAGUGCGCAGCCGCAGCACACCGUGCGUAACCUUCCGCCAUUCACCAACGUCAGCCUGAAGCUGUUGCUAAGCAACCAGGAGGGACACAAGGAGAGUGAGGAGCUGCUGGUGCUGACUGAUCAGGACGUGCCUGGUGCGGUCCCAGUGGACUCCAUCCUGGGCCGCAGCUAUGAGCAGCAGAUCGGGCUGAGCUGGAGGGAGCCACAGCACACCUACGGCCUGAUCCGCCACUACGAGAUUACCUACAAAGCUCUGAGCUCUUUCGACACAGAGUUUGACCUGUCCAAUCAGAGCGGCAAGGUGCUGAAGGCGGCCAAUGAGACAAGCCAUGUGUUCUCGGGGCUGUUGCCAGGCUCCACCUACUCCUUCACAAUAAGAGCUUCGACCAUCAAGGGCUUUGGGCCCCCAGUUAUCACCCAGUUCACCACCAGGAUCUCCGCCCCCCUGAUGCCACCCUAUGACCAGGAGUCCCCUCUCAACCAGACUGACUCAUCUGUCACUGUCCUGCUGAAGCCUGCUCAGAGCCGCGGCGCCCCUGUCAGGUAGCCCUGGGCACGCCGCCCACCUUCACACCUGGCAGAACCUCCUACAGUCGUUCUGCCAAGUGUUACCAUGGAAACAGUUGCCAUGUGGACAAGCUGUGGGGCAACCAGUGAUUGGGACAAUUAAGAAGCGGUGGGUGGGGCCAAUUUGGAA